CCAAGACAAUCCAUCUUAGGGAAUGGUAUCCAUGAGUGCAGCUGGAAUCUGCCUCUGGCUAUUCUAUUUACGACCUUCUCUUACCAUAUAAGCAGCAUUAAUUAUUUUGUCAAUCCUGUUCAAUCGGGCGGCAACGGACAUCAUUACAUUCAGUGGCUGGCCCAUCUGAAGCUAUGUCUACUUUCAAGAGGGCCACCGUUGUUGGUGGCCCUCCGCUGAUGGAGAAGCGUGAUGUGCUGCAGCCGCUUCGAGUAACCCAGAUCAUAUCAUCAAAGGCAAUUUUACCUGCUGAGAUUAUUUCGAUGAUCAUUGACUUCCUGCCUCCCUCCGAUUUAAUACGAUUUGCUCAAACAUCUAAGCGCAUGCAAGAAAUGGUCUAUGAUGACGCAAGAUGGGUUCAAAAGUUACGGUUGAUGGGAUGCUGGAGCGACUUGGAAGCGAGAAAGCGCGUGGAAGGUUCUAUGCGGAAGAGAUACGAAGCACACAGGUCCAAAGCCGAAAUUCCAGGUGCCAGCGGCGGUGCGGAUGGCCUGGAAGGUAUUAACGGCGGACUCGACAGCUUGAAUUUGAGCCAUGUCUCAAGACCAAGCAUCACGUUAUUUGAUGCGACGGCAGAGGAGGAGCAUCGACAGUCCUUGGAGGCUAUGGCCCGACAAUCAAUCGAGGUUUUACCCGGUGACGGCGGUCAGAAGGCAACUCAUAGGAGGCGUCCGACAUUGAGUGACUUGGAAUCAUGUUUGGGUGUUUUCGAUAGGGUCCGGUCAAUUCGAGGGUUUGCUCGACAAGAAUUCGGACGCAUAUAUGGCGCUAUUGCACCUUUUUAUCUGGAUCUCGCUCGUUCAAAAAGUCACAGCGACCCCAUUGUCUUUCAAGCGUUCCGUGACCCAGAGCAACAGGCCCAAAUGCUCGCUCAAUUAAGGAGAUUCUCCAAGAGUGACACAGCUGAGGGCUGGCAGCAUAGAGUGGGGAAGCUUGAAGCUAUGAUAGAAAUGUUUGAGGGUGCUGUAUUGCGCGAAUUUGAACAAGGUUAUGAGAUUGGAGAUGUUGAUGGACGUAUGAAGCGGUAUGCCCAUGUUCUUGUCACGCUCAAUGGCGGUCAGGCUGCUGUGGAGUUGUUUAUCCAAAAGCAUGCGCUGUUAGCGGGUCGCGACAAACUUGGGAAUCCGUUGGACUGCUUAGAGCAUGCAGCCCCGGGAACGAUUGACUUGGGUCCCGCGCAUGAGUUUUUCACGCGGCUGACCAUUGCUGUCAAUGAGCAAAGCGAUGUCAUUGACCGCGUCUUCCCGUCUUCUGUCAAUGUAUUACUUUCACUUCUCGAGCGAGUUGGAGAAGAUGUCAUUUCUGAAUAUGUCACACCCCUCUUUGAUGAAGCUCAUUCAACCAACUUGGAGUCGUAUCUAAAGGCCGUUCCGGGACUCUAUGGACAGAGCAUCAAUUUCGGAAAGUCUGUCAAUCCCACCAAGGGCUCUGGGGAUCAUUUCCGUCAAGACGUACAUACCAUUCUUGCUGCAGUAUUCGAACCGCAUCUUGAUCUCUACCUUCAGGAUGAACUGGAUUUUUUCCGGACUCGAUCCGACGCAAAAGUCAGCGAGUGGGAAAGGCAGCUUGUCGAAGAGGAGGCGUCAACCGAAUCAUUUUUCAUGUCCAACGUCAGCCGCCACGUUGAUAAACGCGAUUUCUUAACAUCAUUUAAGAAAGUUGUCAUGAUGCCAGUUAACGCAUUACCUACAAUACCGAUUUCUUCUCCUUUUGCCUCAAACAAAGCGGCCCAGUCUGAAGCUGAGGAAAAGGCGUCAGAACCAACCAAAGCCGGCUCAGAUACUUCUUCUCGACCUUCGACACCAAGUGUGGCAAGCAAUGUCAAUCCAGUCCGACUAUCACAGAUUGCCGCACCUACCACUGAACUUGCGGCAAAGGCUGCGAUUAUGAAUUCUAGGCUCGAGGGUAUCCGAUCGCUCUUCAGCAUUGAGGUUGCGCUCAGCCUUAUUCAUGCAGCCAAGUCUGGUCUUGAACGCGUUGCUAUGUUUGUGAGUCUCGGCGGACAGACAGGUGAAGAAGCGAAAGAGCAGUGUGAAGCUAUCUUCGUGCUCUUACUACAAAUACUCAGCUCUAAACAUAUGAGACCGGGCUUCGACAAAGCUCUCGAUCAUUUGACCAAAUACAAUCCUCGCGACGUCAACGAACACAGUCAGCCUGGAGUGGCUCCUCUUGUCAUGUUUCUUGAGCUGGUCAAUGUCGGCGAUCUUAUUCAACAAAUGGUGGAUGUCUUCUACGAGCAAGAACUUGUGGCAAUGAAACUCACGGAUCGCAACGAUUUCUUGGAUCCAGCGGUCCAGGAGAAGAAGCGGUUCGAGCAGAUGCUGGACGAGCGCGUCGCUGCCGGUCUGAACCGCGGUGUCGAUGUCUUAAUCGACGAGGUCGAAUAUGUUUGCGCCACCACGCAAAUAGUCACUGAUUUCAACCCUGGAGCAACGAGUGACACCGCUAAUCAGAUAGUCGACAUUGGCCCGACUGAAACGGCUCGAAAGGUUGUCGAAAUAGUAUCUUCGCAUACUAGAAUGCUCGUUGGAAGCACGGACAAGCACAUGCUCGAGGUGUUUAAUCAAGAAGUGGGUCUGCGACUGUUUACGGCGCUUUGCAAACAUCUCAAACGUCAGCGCAUCAGUCUUGAUGGUGCUAUCAAGCUGAUCAGCGACAUGAAUCACUAUUUCUCAUAUAUCUAUACCAUGAAAAACCCGGCGUUACUCGAAUACUUUAAAGCCCUCCGCGAGCUCGCGCAGAUCUAUCUUAUUGAUCCUGCCCAUGCUAAAGAAAUGGCUACCAUAAUUGCCGAUGUAGACCGCUUUCACGGAAUCUUUCGCCCCGAAGAAGUCUACGAAUUCGCCGAGCGUCGCGCAGAUUGGUUCGUCGUCCGAAGAAGCGUUGAACGUGCCAUGUACGGCAUCGGCUGUUCAGUGAUGUAGGUUGCUUUUAUCUCAUUUCUGUCUGGUAGCGCAAUCUGAUUGCGCGUCUCUACCGUCAAAUCCCUAUUUCGUCAUCGAUGCAUAGCCUGGUGUGUUGGUGUUUCUAAGUUUGAUAUACGGGUAUGGUCUUCUGGCAUUUCAGCGCUUUCGGGCGUUGGUAACGACUUUCUAAAAGCUUUUUUCCAUUAUAACUGUAUCUAUGAAGUGCACAUGUAGAUUUGAAGGCAGGAGCUUUUAGAUAGAAACUCAAAUGAUUACACGUCCAUCGAG